AUGAUUGAUAUUCUUUUACAAGCAACUCAAGAAUGGUUAUCGUGUUGGUUUAUAGAAAUCAACAGUCAAGACCCAAAACAGUUACAAGAAGAAUUGACCAAAUUUUUAGACUCGAUAAAUGCUAAUCAAUUUACAAUCCUAAUUUUAAAACAAACCGAUUGGUAUUUAUACAACUGCAUACAAAUGAUGUUAUUGAAAACUGGGAAAAGUAUAAUUGUCAACUACUUGAUACAUUCUCCUCAACAUCAUUUACAAAUCUUGUCUAAAUUGGUUAAACAAGUUGAUUCAAUGGAUUUGAAAAUUGGAUUUGAUUUAUCCAAGGAACAACUCGCAUUUUUGAUGUUGAAUAUUCCUGGAUUUAUUAAUCAUUUGACACGUGGGGGAUCGGUUGAGGAUGAAGAUGCUGAUAUUGAGAUGGCUUUUCAAGAGUUUGUUCAAAAGUAUCCCUCAAUUAAGCUGAUUGUCUCUUCAAAUGAGUUUGCUAUAAAGUAG